AUGCCCGUCUUGAUACCCCCAGCUCAGCACAGUCAGGACACGCGCGUUGGGGCUCCAGCAUGGCGCGAGGCGGCCAAGGCCACAACGCAGAAGGCGCACCAGCUGACGGACCGCUGCGGGCAGGAGGUGGUGACCAUGUGGCAACCCAAGGACAGCGUGCGGGACCCGCAUGUGGCGCGCCACCUGUGCCGGGAAGCCUACAUCCUGCCCUGGCGCUUCCGUGUGGAGAUGCUCAAAGGCGGUGGCACUUUGGAGAAGCCGCCGCCAGGCGAGGGCGUCACGCUGUGGAAGGACAAGAUGAAGCCGCCCGCCUGGCAUGCCCGCCUGCCGCUGCCCAUGCACCGCGACGCGCGGGCCCUGCAGACUGCCGAGGUGGCACAUGUUCACGCACGCGGAGCGCGCCUCACCGCCGCCCGCCUGGGCCGCGCGCAGCACCAGAUCAAUGGGCAGCUGCGGCUGCUGCAACGCCAGAGGGAGGCUACCGACCACAGGCUCAGCGAAGUGCGCAAGGGCCUGCUUAUUAACCAGCAGAGCGUCAAGCUGCGGGGCUACCGGCCCAAGUCUGAGAAGGUCCCUGACAAAGCUGACAGUAUGCUUACCUGGGAGAAGGAGAGGCUCGAGAGCAUGAAGAGGAAGUUGGAGAAAGAUAUGGAACAAUCAGAGGCCCUGCUCAAGGCCCUGGCCUCCUGCCGAGACACUCUGGUCUUCUGCUGUAAGGAAAGGCUCCAAGCUGUGGACCUAAUGAACCAGCCACUGGAUAAGGUUCUGGAGCAGGCCGGCCGCCACUCAUGGGUGAACCUCUCCCGUGUCCCCACUUCACGCACUCAGGGCCAGAAAACGCCACCUCCAGACCCUGUGGGCACCUACACCCCAGAGUGCGCCGCGGCGCUGUACGAAGCCAAGCGACUGUUGAUGGAGUCCAAGGACACCUUGCUAGAAAUGGCAAAGAACGAGGAGGACAUCCAGGAGCAACAACAGCAGAUAAGCGAUCGAGUGUGCGCCUCGAUAGCACAGAAGACACGCGAGACCUCGGAGCUGAUGGAAAGAAUGAACAUGACCUUAGGACUGAUGAGGGGAACUAUCCACCGGUGCACGAAAUUCAAGCAGGAGAUGUACAUCACCCGCGGCCUCAUCAAGGGUCCUCUGUCAAAAACUCACCUGGAGACACGAGAAAAGCUGGACAGACCCCUGGUUCGCGUGUACCAGAGACACGUAGGCACCCAACUCCCCGAGGCCACGCGCCUCGCCCAGGGCACUGACAAGCUGCAGCGCCACAUCUCGCACGUGGAAAAGAACCUGAAGGAGCUGCUCGCCACGCACAAGAACCUCACCUGGAGCCUCAACUGCAAGAAGAUCGGGCAUGACGUUGACUACAACGUGGUGCGCCUGCGCCUCCGCCAGCGGCACCCGCACGUGUGCUACGAGCAGGCGCAGCGCCUGGUCAACGACUGGGACCCGCGCACGCCGCCGCCGCACGUGGAGUCCAGCACCGCCGCCGCCGAGUGA